AUGACCAUAAUCCAAGGUUGGCUUCCGGCUAGCCGCCAGAACUAUGAGUUCAUCUUAUUUUGGUGGAGCUGGUUAGUACCAAUUGGUGCCUCCGUCCAAUGGCUCACCUCAUGGUAUGGCAUGGGUAAAACCUCCACCAAAUCGCCGCUUAACAUCCCGGGCCGCAUCGCCUGGUUUACAAUGGAGUGUCCUGGUUUCAUCACCCUACUCUACAUUAUGAACACCUUGUCGGCUGAGCACGGCAUCACCGACCUACCGUGGCAAAACAAAGUCCUUGCCGGCCUUUUCGUUCUGCACUACACAUACCGUGCAGUCAUCUUUCCCAUCAUCCAGCCCUCCAUGUCACCCAUACACCUCUUCGUAUGGGUCGCAGCUCUUGCUUUUCAAUUCUUGAACGCGACGUGUCUGGGCUCAUGGUUGGCCGCGUAUGGGCCAACAACGCAGGCGGAAUGGCGUGCUGAGGGGUUCACAGUCCUCCGAUUUGCCAUUGGGUUAGUCGUCUUCUACAUUGGACUUACGGGCAACUAUUUCUGUGACGAAGAACUCCGCGAGAUCCGCCGCAAAGAGCAGAGACGCCAGGAAAGGCUCUCGGGUCAAGGCCAAAAAGGCAUUGGAAAGCAUUAUUCUAUUCCACAGAACGGUCUCUUCAAGCACAUGCUAUACCCGCAUUAUUUCAUGGAAUGGGUUGAGUGGCUUGGCUUUUGGAUCGCCGCCGGAUGGUCUUGUGGUCCGGCACGAGCCUUUUUGAUCAAUGAGUUCUUUUCCAUGUUCCCACGGGCCGUGAGCGGCAAAAAGUGGUACAUUGAAAAGUUUGGGGAGGAGAAAAUUAGGCGGAAGUAUGCUGUUAUUCCUGGCGUGUGGUAA